CUUUCCUCGCUCUUUUCUUGUCGUAAGUUCUUCGGUUGCGGUCAGAAUACAGAGCGACAGGGAGAGGGAAUUCCGAUGGCGAGUGCUGCCAAGAGAGUUUUGCUCACCUCCAAUGGCGACGAGAUAUCGGUGAAUGUGGCUUUGCAUUUGGCCAAGCGUGGUUGCAGGUUGGUCUUGAUGGGAGAUGAAAAGGGCCUGAGGAGCGUCCGCGAGAGAAUUGUCGGUUCUCUUGACGGUGCGGCGGCGGUCGAGGUUGUCGGAUUGGACAUGGAGGAAGAGAGGGAGGGAGCUUUCGAGGAGGCCGUGGACAAAGCAUGCAAUGUUUUGGGGGGUCUGGAUGCUUUCGUGCACUGUUACACUUACGAAGGAAAGAUGCAAGACCCUUUACAGUUAGCAGAAGAAGAGUUCAAGAAGAUAAUACGUACAAACUUCCUGUCCGCAUGGUUUUUGUUGAAGACCGUUGGCGUAAAAUUGCGAGACGGCCGUAGAGGAGGCUCCAUCGUGUUCUUGACGUCGAUGAUUGGCUCGGAAAGAGGGCUCUAUCCAGGAGCUGCUGCAUAUGGAUCGUGUCUGGCUGGAGUGCAGCAGCUAGUCAGAACUUGCGCUAUGGAUAUGGGAAAGCAUAAGAUUAGGGUGAACGCCAUUGCCCGUGGCUUGCACUUAGAAGACGAGUAUCCAAAAUCCAUGGGCACGGAUCGGGCGAAGACCCUGGUCAAGGAUGCGGCGCCGCUUCACAGAUGGCUCAAUGCAAAAAACGAUCUGGCUUCGACUGUCAUCUAUCUAAUCAGCGAUGGCUCGUGUUACAUGACGGGGACAACCAUCUUUGUCGAUGGAGGCCAAUCUCUGGUCAGACCUCGGAUGCGAUCCUACAUGUAGUUUUGCGAAUCGCCCUUUUUCUGUGCAGUGCAAACUGUGCAACCUGUACAGCCGUGUUCGUUCAGACAUCAGUUCAGACAUCAUUUCCGGUGGGGAGACGGUCACGAGCACAUGUUUAUGUUUUUUUCGAUUAUUGUCCAUUUUGUCCGAGUAUAGUUCAGAUUAGGCCCGCCAAUUCAUUUCUGUUUCGGAAUCAA